CCGAGAGGUGGGUGGGGGGAGGUUGGAGGUUAGGGAAAGCUAGGGGAGAGAGGGAGAGAACGCCGCCACUUCAGACAGUGUAGAGAUGUGUGCAGACGGGCUUCUCUGACACCCUUUGGGGUUCGGAGCAUUCCUCAUUACCAGCACACCCCCCCAGCUCCACGCGGCUGACACACGGAUACUACACCAACACCGCUCCUCAGGUGGAAGAGCAUGGGUUACUUCUCUCUCAUCCUGCACUUUGUCUGCUGGUUGGUUUCAGCGCGCUCCCUGGACAUCGCGGACCUGACGCUGGUGAACACGGAGCCGGUGUCGGUGUCCGCCGAGUCCUCGCUGCUCUGCGUCAGCGGCGACUGGAGCGCUUCGGACGCGAUCUCCAUGGGGCGAGAGUACCCCCUUCUCCAUCUGCAGAGCCCGCCGGUCACUGCUGACAAAAACUACCGAGCCACUUCAAAGAUUACCUGGAAAACGCGGAAUGUCGAUAUUUUCGGAGCCUUCUAUUGUAAAAUCCAAAACGCUGAUUCAGCGGGUAAACUGUACACGGUCAGGAUGCUAAAUGAAGCUGUGUUCCAUCCAGAGUCCUUAACAGUCAUGGCGAGCAUAGGGGACGUCAUUAAUAUUACUUUCAACCGGAGGAAGAUUGUUGCAGAGGAUGCGGUCAUCUAUAAAAAUGGUGAUUUUAUUCACUCUAUACCCAGUUAUGAGAUCCAAGACACACUGCAGUACGUUAUUAAAGAGGUGAAGAUGCAGGACUCUGGCCUCUACACAGUCAGAUACAUUGCUGGGACCCCAAAUUCCUCCGCUAUCACCAGGCUGAUAGUAAGAAACUGCUCAGCUGGCUUUUGGGGUAAAGACUGUUCUCAGACCUGCCCACCAUGUUCCAAUGGAGGAGUGUGCCAUGAUGAAACUGGAGAGUGCAUCUGUCCCCCCGGCUUCAAGGGCCAGACCUGUGAAAUCGUGUGCGGGGAGGGAAGAUUUGGAAGAACGUGUAAAAACAGGUGUAGAUUUGGCUCCUGCCGGUCCAUGGUUUUCUGCCUUCGGGAUCCUUAUGGCUGCUCGUGUGCCUCUGGGUGGUGGGGUUUAAACUGCAGUGAGGCCUGUCCCCAGGGUUUCUACGGGGCAGGCUGUAAGCUGAGGUGUGAGUGCGGGGGCCGAGGGAAGUGUGACCGCUUCCGUGGCUGCGUGUGCCCAGGGAGACAUGGAUCUCGCUGUGAGAGAGCAGAACAGGCCCCUGUUGUGAUCAGCGACCUCAGAGAUACAGAGCUCAACUCUGGAGUCAACUACACGGUCAACUGCACAGCACAGGGAUAUCCACCACCGAUGCACGGACAGAUUGUACUAAUCACACCUGGCAAAACUGAAGUAUACGCAAUGGACACUGAGACGGUGGAAAACGGAUCCACCUCCCAGUUCAAGGUGGACAAGAUCACGUUGCAUGAAACUGGCCGCUGGCUGUGUCAGGUGAAAACAUCAGCUGGGCAGGCGGAGAAAGACUUCAUUGUCCAUGUCAAAGUGCCUCCAAAACCACAGUACCCUCCCACACUGAACAGCAGUGGGCCGUAUCACCUGACGGUGUGGGUCAACAAGGACCCAUACACUGGGGAUGGACCAGAGACCUCAGUAAAGAUCUUUUACAAAAGAGUCAACACCACCUCUUGGGAGACCAUUGAAGUGACCGGGCCGCUGGUGAAGCUGGAAAACCUGACCCCGUGUACUCAAUACACCAUGUUUGUUCAGUUGAGUCGCCAUGGAGCCGGAGGGGUUGGGUUCCCUGGGCCGGAGGCCAGCUUCUCCACCCUGGUGCUGGACCUGCCUCUCCCCACAGGGAUCACAUUGAUUCCACUGAGCCAAACCUCUCUAAGCCUCACCUGGGACUUGGUGAAGGGGCAUGUGAAUGAGCACUGGUCCUACCAGGUGGAGUGCCUGCAGUCAUACGAGCCGGAAAAUAUUCAGACCCACCACCUGCCAAGGAAUUCCACUGGCCUCAAGCUCACAAGCCUGAAGCCCAAACAGAAGUAUGAGUGCAAAGUUCGUAUAAUGACGAGUUCUGUGGGUCAGUACUGCAGGCCAGUGUCUGCAUGGACCCUCAGCAAUGAGCUGCCACCACCACCCUUCAACAUCAUGCACUGCAACAUCACCGACUCCUCUGCCGUCCUCAUCUGGUCCCUGGAGGAGGGCAACUCCAUCUCCAAGGUCAACAUCCGCUUCCAGGACACCGACCUGGCCGACUACAGCCAGCAAGCGGAGAUCAAUGUGCAGGAGCACCAGGCCAUGCAGUUCCAGCUCCGGGGGCUCCGAGCCAACACGUCCUACCUGGUGGAGAUGUGGGCCACCAACAACAUUGGGAAGAGCCUCAACAACCCGCAGAUACAGAUCAAGACCAUGCCACCUCAAGAAAGCUCUCGUCUGUAUGGGUUUGGCAGCGAGGGGAACAUGCUGUUCUUUGCUAUCCUGGGCUCUGCUGGGAUGACGUGCGUCACCAUCCUGCUGGCCUUCUGCAUAGUGCUGCAGCUGAAGAGGGCCACCUUUCAGCGCAGGAUGGUCCAGGCCUUCCAAAACAUUGUGAGGGAGGAGCCUGUGGUCCAGUUUAACUCGGGCUCCCUCAACAUGACCAAGAAGUCCAAAAACUCUGCCCAGCCGGUGGCCUACCCGGCCCUAGAGUGGAAUGACAUCAAGUUCCAGGACGUCAUCGGCGAGGGCAACUUCGGCCAGGUGCUGAAGGCGCGGAUCAAGAAGGAUGGUCUGAGGAUGGACGCUGCCAUCAAGCGGAUGAAAGAGUAUGCCUCUAAGGAUGACCACAGGGACUUUGCCGGGGAACUUGAGGUGCUCUGCAAACUUGGCCACCACCCCAACAUCAUCAAUCUGCUGGGUGCCUGUGAGCACAGAGGAUAUUUGUACCUGGCCAUUGAGUACGCCCCCCACGGAAACCUGCUGGACUUCCUGCGGAAGAGCAGGGUCCUGGAGACGGACCCAGCUUUCGCCAUCGCCAACAGCACUGCCUCCACCCUCUCCUCCCAGCAGCUCCUGCACUUCGCCGCCGACGUGGCGCGGGGCAUGGAUUACCUGAGCCAGAAGCAGUUUAUUCACAGGGACCUGGCUGCCAGAAACAUCCUGGUGGGGGAGAAUUAUGUGGCAAAGAUAGCAGACUUCGGACUGUCUCGAGGGCAGGAGGUUUACGUGAAGAAGACAAUGGGAAGGCUGCCGGUGCGAUGGAUGGCGAUUGAGUCGCUGAAUUACAGCGUUUACACUACAAACAGCGAUGUAUGGUCCUAUGGAGUGCUUCUCUGGGAGGUCGUCAGCCUAGGUGGUACGCCGUACUGUGGGAUGACCUGCGCCGAGCUGUAUGAGAAGCUUCCCCAGGGCUACAGGCUGGAGAAACCCCUCAACUGCGAUGAUGAGGUGUACGACCUGAUGCGACAAUGCUGGAGAGAGAGGCCCUAUGAGAGGCCCUCGUUUGCCCAGAUCCUGAUGUCCCUUAACAGGAUGCUGGAGGAGAGAAAGACAUACGUGAACACCACCCUGUAUGAGAAGUUCACCUAUGCGGGAAUCGACUGCUCUGCAGAAGAAGCUGGAUGAUCCGUUAAUACUCUUCAGAAAUAGCUUUUCUCCUCUUUUGUAUCAUGCAUGUACCAUAUUGGAUCAAGGUUUAAGCAAUCCUUUACCAGGGAUUCAUGGACUAGUAUUUUGCACACAUUGUGUAUUCCAUUAUAUAUACUAACUGGUGGGCUGGAAUUAAUCAAACUUAAGUUCUUUUUUGUUUUCUUUCAUUGUACAUUGUUGAGUGAGUUUAUUGUACAAGUGUGUUAUUGAUGUGGGAUGCCGUGUUCUGUAGAUCACCUGUAAAUAGUAAGAUCUGAAAAGCAUUUCUAAGGUAACAUUUAACUAUGACCUAUUAAGCACUGAAAGUGUUGAUAAAAAUGUUCAUUUUUAAAAAGCCGAGUGAAUGUAGCUUCCGAGUAUACCAUAGUCUAUGCAUGGAAUCAAUGUAUGUAUACAGAUUUCAGAUUUGUCAUUACAAAUGAGAAGUUUGUUGUUCUGGUCAA